AUGAAAUUAUCAGCAAUUAUCGUUUCAAGUUUAUUAUCAUUAAGUGUUAUUGGCUCACCAAUUGCUUCGUCUGCUACUACAAAAAGUUCAAUCGAUGCUGGAAACUCUACAUCCUUACCAGAUGAUUCAAUUAUAGAUGAAGCAGGUGACAGAGGUAGAUUUUGCUUUGGUGCUAACAAUAAGUAUAAUCAAUGUCAUGGUAGCAUCAAAAAUUGUGUCUGGAGAAUUUCAAAUGGUGGUGGAAAGAAUGUGGUUGAUUUUGCCAAUAAGUUUUGUAAGUUCUAUUGCAGUGAGAUUAAAUCAGCUACUCAAUGUAAACAAAGCAAAUACAAAGCCAAUUAUCAUCCAAAAUGGGCUUGUGAUGAACAAUCAUAUUGUUAG